AUGGAAGCAAUUUACAUUGGUGUAGGAUCCACAUUUACGAAGAUCGUACACAAUGACACGUACCCGUUCAUUGAUUCAGCGACACGAUCCAACCAUACCGGACGCGCCAUCUUCAUUAGUGGAGGUAAUCGUGGAAUCGGAAAGGGAAUUGCUAUGUCCUUCGCACGAGCAGGUGCAUCAUUCAUCGGCUUAGGGUGCAACGACGGUUUCGGGAAUGUAAAGGCUGAACUCGAACGGGCAGCAGAAAACGCCGGAAGAUCCACUCCACAGGUUCUGUGCCUUCAGCUUGACAUAACUCAAAGCACGUCUGUUGCUCAAGCAGCUUCUGAGUUACGGAAACAUACCUCGAGACUGGACAUUUUGGUGAAUAACGCAGGAUUCAUGACACCAGCUUUACCCGUCGUGGAGGCCGAGGAGAACCUAUGGUGGACGACGUUUGAGGUCAAUCUAAAGGGCAUCUUCCUUAUGUGCAAAUAUUUCACCGAAUUUCUAACUAAAACCGCGGACGGCCUGAAAACGAUAGUGAAUAUCAACUCCGCUGCGGCUCUCAACCUUCGUCCGAACGCCAGUGCAUACGGAACUUCCAAAUUGGCACAACUAAAGUUCACUGAAUUUCUGCUCGUAGAGCAAGCACGGCAGGGUCUGAUUGCUUUCUCUGUACACCCCGGUGGAAUCAUGACUCAAUUAGCGGAAGCCAUGCCCAAGGAAACGCACGCUGGUUUCACUGAUACUCCGGAAUUAGCUGGUGACACCAUUGCCUUCCUAACUCAAAAGAGACGACAAUGGCUUACUGGAAGGUAUAUAAGCUGUACGUGGGAUAUGGAGGAACUUCUGGGCAGAGAAGAUGAGAUUCAGCAGGGUGAUAAAUUGAAAGUUAGGCUCAACUUGUAA